AUGACAGAAUUUAACAUUAUUGCAUCCUUACCUUCAAACUGCGGAUGUACCUUUGGUAAAACUUGCUCGAUCGGCCAAUUGGUAACCGAACCGAACACCAAACCACCUGACUCUUACCUAGCCACUUGUGCUAUCUCAUUUCCUCUCAUCCAAUUAGUCCAAUUUGCUCAUUACAUUACCUUUAGACGUACACAAGGUCUCAGUGUGGUAGUCGCUGCCUUGGUCGCAGCUCGUUUACCAGCUUCUGAAGAUACCUGGCCCAACUUUUACCAAUUGGAUAUUCGGGCUCUUACUCUUUUGUUCCAUAUCGGAUUACAAGGUUCAAUUGCAUUCCCUCCUAUCUCUUUACCAUCCAAGGUGACCAGCAUCACUGCUGAACAAGAGGGAUUACCCACACCUAUGUUGGCUGUGACUGGACUACCAUUAGGACCUUCACAGAAAGCUAUUGAAGAACUUGAUGAGCAUCUUCAAAAUGUAUAUAAGAGAAUCAUUGUAUCAUGA